AUGACUGUCUGUAAGAGCUGCAUCGUGCAGCACUUUGAGGAGAGCAACGACUGUCCUAAAUGUGGCAUCCAGGUCCAUGAGACCAACCCCCUGGAGAUGCUGAGGCUGGACAACACCCUGGAGGAGAUCAUCUUCAAGCUGGUGCCUGGACUCAGAGAAAAAGAGGAACAGCAGGAACUGGAGUUCUGGAAGAAGAACCAGCCGAAGGAGAACGGCCAAGAGAGCCUGCAGUGUCUUCCUGACGGCGGCGCCGGUGGGGGCGCCGAUGACGAUGGUGAGGGCGGUGAAGAUGGAGACUACCACAGGAGCGACCCUCAGAUCGCCAUCUGCCUGGACUGCCUGCACAACGCGGGUCAGUCCGGGGAGAGCAGCGUGACGGACCUGAUGAAGAGGUUCAUCCGCUGCUCCAGCAGGGUUACCGUGGGAACCAUCAAGAAGUUCCUCAGUCUUAAACUCAAGCUGCCGAGCUCUUACGAGCUGGAUGUGCUCUGCAACGGCGAAAUCAUGGGCCGAGAUCACACCCUGGAGUUCAUCUACAUGACCCGGUGGCGGCUGCAUGGGGAGAACACGUAUCCGAUGGUUCUGGAGUACCGGCCGCGGAUCGACUUCGGCUGAUCCGGCCGCAGCAGCAGGACCACAAACGCGCGUCCAGACAGCGUCUCCACGCCGACACCAACGCCUACAAGCGCAGAUAAAGAGAGAUUUAGAUGUAUUUUUGUACAGCCGAUGAUGAAGUGCUUCUGUUGUUGCGUUGAAAAGCCUUUAUGCUACAUAGAAUAAUAUAUGCUAUAAUAUAUGCUAUUUUUAAAUGUACGUCCCUGUGCCUCAAAUCCUGUUCGGAACGAUCAUGUCUGCAGUUUGCCUGUCUAACUAACUGUAGAUUAAAUGUUGAUUUUUUUA